CACGUCCUAAUAACAAGCCCUCUGAUUGGUCAAGUGUCUUACGGCCGGGGGGUAAAAAUUGUGAAUGGCUUCAUACUGAGAUGUGAAAAUAUUUAUUAUGUUUUAUCAGCACUUUAGCAAAUGUUGCUUUUAUUUAAUGUGACGUUCUUCAGGACUGGAUUGUAAAGGGAAACGAUGUCGGACGCUGAAGGUGCUCGCAGUCCAGACCAGCUGAAUAGAUUCGAGAAACUGACACACAGGCCGCCGCACCGUGAGACAUUAGCAGGUCAUCGUACUCCCCCCGCCCGCAGUGGGCAUCGCUGCGUUGCUGACAACACUAACCUGUAUGUGUUUGGAGGGUACAACCCUGACUAUGAUGAGUCAGGAGGCUCAGAGAAUGAAGACUAUCCACUGUUCAGGGAGCUCUGGAGGUACCACUUUGCCACCGGCUGCUGGCAGCAGAUUCAAACAGAAGGCUAUAUGCCCACAGAGCUGGCGUCUAUGUCAGCUGUUUUGCACGGCAACAACCUCCUGGUGUUCGGCGGCACCGGGAUCCCCUUUGGUGAAAAUAACGGCAAUGACGUACAUGUUUGUAACGUGAAGUACAAGCGAUGGUCACUGCUCAACUGUCGGGGGAAGAAGCCCAACAGAAUCUAUGGACAGGCAAUGGUUAUUAUAAACGGCUUCCUGUACGUGUUUGGAGGGACAACGGGUUACAUCUACAGCACAGACCUGCACAGGCUGGACCUGACCACCAGGGAGUGGAUCCACCUCAAGCCCAACAACCCUCCUGACGACCUGCCUGAGGAACGGUACAGGCAUGAAAUAGCACAUGACGGACAGAGGAUCUACAUCCUAGGAGGAGGAACUUCCUGGACAUCUUACCCUCUGGACAAGAUACAUGCUUACAAUCUGGAGACCAAUUCUUGGGAGGAGCUUACAACUAAACCUCAUGACAAAAUAGGGUAUCCUGCUCCUAGGAGAUGCCAUAGCUGUGUACAAAUACGAAAUGAUGUAUUUAUCUGUGGAGGCUACAACGGGGAGUUGAUUUUAGCUGAUCUGUGGAAGAUCAACCUGCAAACUUUCCAGUGGAGUAAACUACCAGCAAUGAUGCCUGAGCCGGCCUACUUCCACUGUGCUGCCGUCACGCCAGCUGGCUGCAUGUACAUCCAUGGUGGGGUGGUGAACAUCCAUGAGAACAAGAGAACUGGCUCUCUGUUUAAGAUCUGGCUGGGUGUACCCAGCCUGCUGGAGCUAUGCUGGGAGAAGCUCCUCAAGGCCUUUCCCCACCUUACUUCAAUCCCUACCAUGCAGCUGCUCAACCUGGGACUCACACAGGAACUCAUUGAACGUUUGAAAUAGGCCGCACAUAAAAGGACGGACAAAUGAAUGGAUGGGACGGGCUGGACUGGACUGGACUGGGAGGAGAUGAGUUCUGACAGAGCACAGAGAAUUAAAUUCUUAGCAAAAUUCUCGGGAAAACGUUCUUUCCCUCCCCUGCCUACCGUAGCCCCACCUUAAAACCAAAAACAAUGGGAUGCCUUUUUUUGUUAGGUCUUAUUAUUUUUCGCAGUUUCAGUGAUGAUAAAAAAAAUAAAUGUGGAAUGUUUUAUGGAUUUUACUCAACCCCCUUGUUGCCACCACAGUUCCUUACAUGAUGCCUUUGUGUCAAGCUAAACAUGAAUUCCCGCUUCUCGUCCUCCAAACUCUGAUAGCCGGAAAUACUUUAUUUUGCCAUGCCAUGUUUUCAAAGAUUGUCCAUUCGUUCAGUCUUUUUUUUUUUUAUCUGCCUCCUCCAGUACUUUUUAAGAAUUCUGUGCAAAGGAAGAAUGCAUGUGUAUUUAUUUGAAAGACUAAUUCAGUUUUUCUGGGGAUAUUCUCAUCACCUGAUAUUGCGGUUUGCACACUGUAUUUAGCCAAUUUGUGGACAUUUACUUUUUUUUUUUUUUUAAUCAUAUAAGCAGUCUAUCUUCAGUCUAAAAAGUGGCAGACUGUUAUGUUUAAGGACCAUGUCAGUGUUUCUGCACAUUUUAGCCAAUUUAAUUCAAAUCUCAUGUUUAAUUUUCAUUUCUCCUGACAUGCUGCUGUUUUAGGUUUACUUUUAAAAUGUUUUUUGCGACCUUCCAGGCAGCCUUUUUAUUUCCCUUAUCUCCCUAUGGUAUGAAAAUUGCGACUUGAGAAUUGUGACACUGAUCUGUGUUUGCCUUUAUUGUUAAAGUUAUGUUAUCCUUGUGUAACUGACAUAAAUAAGAGCAGACACGCUGGUCACUGUGAGGCCAACCAAUCGUAAAUUUCAAGUCUGACUUGUUUUAAUACUAUAUGAACGGAAAGCAGUGUCUGCCUGAAGUUAUGGUAUACUUCGAAAAUGGUCAUGAGUAAUGUUUUUGUGAGAAGUUAGCUAAAACAUGCAGAAACACCGAAUGCCCAUCGUUAAUUAGUGUGGGAAGAAAAGAUUCAAUGCUGGAUUUGUAUGUCUGAGCUCUUGUAUUUUCUGUUUUUUUUUUCAUUAUACUUUAUGUUACAGCCUAGUCUGGAAAACAGUCUGCAAAAAGGGUUCAAGGGUGGCUAUCUUCAAAAUGAUUUAUUUUCCAUCCUGCUUGCUUGCAGCUCUCAUUUGUAAACCAAACCAUGCAACACAUCACUGUGAAUUUGGUGCUCUUUACAAUUAAUUCAAAAAUGCUUUUAUUCGAAUAAAGACUUAAAUCUGUUC